UCUCUCUCCAUCUCUUUUUCAUUUACUGUUCUCUCUCUCUCCUUUUCAUCGGUUUCUUCUAGCUCUUUCAUUUUUCCUCUUUUAUCAAAUUGAUAAUUCUCAUGAAUUUGAACGGUUUUCUCGACGACGGUUCUGGAGCCUCAAAGCUACUCUCCGAUGUUCCGUACAACAACCACUUCUCUUUCUCCGUCGUAGACACCACCAUGCUCGGAACCACCGCCAUUGCUUCUUCUCAUUCUCGUCCUUUCUCUUCUUCAGGCCUCUCCCUCGGACUCCAAACAAAUGGAGAAAUGAGUAGAAACGGAGAGAUUUUCGAGUCGAACAUAACUCGUAAGAGUAGUAGAGGAGAAGAUGUAGAAAGCAGAUCUGAAAGUGAUAACGCUGAAGCUGUCUCCGGUGACGAUUUAGAUACUUCCGAUAGACCUUUAAAGAAGAAGAAACGUUAUCAUCGUCACACUCCUAAACAAAUUCAAGACCUUGAAUCGGUUUUUAAAGAGUGUGCACAUCCAGACGAGAAGCAACGUCUUGAUCUUAGCCGUCGACUUAAUUUAGAUCCUCGUCAAGUCAAAUUCUGGUUCCAGAAUCGCCGUACUCAGAUGAAGACUCAAAUCGAACGACAUGAGAAUGCUUUGUUGAGGCAAGAGAACGAUAAGCUUCGAGCUGAGAAUAUGUCUGUACGCGAAGCUAUGAGAAACCCUAUGUGUGGUAACUGCGGCGGACCUGCUGUUAUCGGCGAGAUCUCCAUGGAAGAGCAACAUGUUUUCCAGAUUCGUCUAUUGCUUGAAAUUUGAAUUGAUGAAUCUCGCCGGCGGUUAACUCCACAGAAUCAAUCCCGUCGACGCCGGGAACUGAAAUCUCGACGGUUUUCGCUUCUCUGCACGGUGCUCCUCCCGGAGCCAACCAAUUUCUCAUCAAAUUCGCCGUGAAAUUCUUCUGC